AUGAUGCGGAAAUCACCAAGAAGAUGGACUGCGGAAGAGGACUCGAUUCUAUACCGAGAAGCAAUGAAGCAGUCCCCCGAUAGUAUCUGGGAUUGGAACCGGAUUGCCGCAAACUUUACAGACAGAUCCAACAAGGACUGUCGGAAACGCUGGGUCAACCACGUCGGUGGGGGACUCAAGAAAGGCCCUUGGUCUGAAGAGGAGAACUCCAAGCUCCGGGAGGCUGUGCAAAUAUUUGGACAACGGUAA